AUGCGGCCUCGACUUCAAAACUUUAACACGUUGCGAGCGCGAUCCUACGUGUCACGACUGCCGCUCUUCACUCGGCUUAUUGUUCUUGUCAUUGUUGCAGCUUGGAUUGCCUCGGUGCAAUCAGUAUGGGACUUGCGAGAAUGGGGCGCCCUCAUCCCUGACCAGAUCAGCGUCACUUCAGCAUAUCGACUUUCGACGUUUCCCUUAAUACACCUCAAUUUCAUCCAUAUGAUCCUUAAUGUCUUGGCCCUGACGCCUUUGAUGGAACGAUUCGAGGGCGAACACGGAACUCUGACUACGGUUGCAUUGUUCUUUGGCCCUUUGACGUCGAUUCCUGCCGUCCUCUACGUGAUCAUCGAGCGAUGUGUUUUCCGAGCGAACAAUUCGAUACUGGGAGCGAGCUUGUGGGUGUUUGUCUUGCUCGCCAUGGAGUCCAUUCGAACCUACAAGGCCAACCCUCACUUCGUCAUUGGCACAGUUCACAUCCCUACGUGGACCACUCCCUUGAUUAUGUGUUUGGUGGUGGCGGCAUUGGUACCCAGGACAAGUCUUCUUGGCCAUUUGUGCGGCGUGGGUAUCGGAUACGUCGCUGGCUUCGGCUACGUCAAGUUCCUUGCACCUCCUGAGUGGGCGCUUCGAUGGAUCGAGAAGCGACUUAACCUCCUCAAGAUUCUACCUCACUACGUCAGCAUCGAUAAGACGACAUAUGGCCGGUUUGGCGUGCUCCCCACGACCAACCGCCCUGGCCCCAGCGGGAGCGCCGCAACGGAGCUCGUGGGUACGACUCAGCGUCUCGGACCUUGA